CAUCACCUCAAGUAUUCUUCAACAACAAGAUGGAAAACGACUCAGGCAUUCUCGUCGAUCUCUAUGUUCCCCGCAAGUGCGCGGCGACCAACCGAUUGAUCACUUCGAAGGAUCAUGCCUCUGUGCAACUUAGCAUUGUCGACGUCGACGCCAACGGCCGCGCCUUGAGCACCUCAACAACUUUCGCGCUAUGUGGUCAGGUUAGAUCUCAGGGAGAGAGCGAUGACUCAAUCAACCGACUGGCCACAAAAGCAGGACUUCUCCGCAAUGUGUGGUCAUACCAAAAGUAAUUGUUAGAUAUCACAGGGAUCCAUGUACGACGCGCUAUCCUAUUCAUUUCUCUGACGCACUCUGCUUCACACCAUGAAGAGUUUAAAUCUGGGUUCGGUUCUACGAUUUGGCUAACCUACGCUGUCAAAUGACUUUGCAAUUCAGUCUUGUACGAAA